UUGUGCGGACCAAAGAAUAUUAAUAAUGGCUGUUUUGGUCGGAAAGCUGGCAAACGGAACUUCAUAUGUUGUUUUCGUCGUUUGCUUUUCCCUUGCAAUUCAAUAUUCAAGAAGUUUAGGUGAGAAAGACUUUUAUCUCAUUCCCAGUGCAAACCAGUUUAAAAUUAAUAUCCGAGCUUCGAGCGUUUCUGAAAACAAACCCUUCAUUAACAAUUUAGCAGGUGAACUAACGGCAGACAGUAUAUCGAAUGCAAGUAGAAAUUGAAUUUUGACUCGAUUUGUUUUAAAAACUCGUAUAAACGUUCGAGUUAAAAAUCUUCACUUCAAUGCUUUCUUUUCACCAUGCAAAUUUAAAAAACUCUCCGUUGCUCGGAAAGCCAUCCUUUGAACAGCUUAAUAAGUAUCUUGCAUAUCACUGAUAUUUAACAAUUAUUCCAGCCCACAAGGUGCGUAGAACCGAGUGGGCUAAAAUUAUCUUAUACUCCCAAGCAAGAGUGGAAUAAUUGUUUUAUUAGAAACGCCCACAAAAUAUCGAAAAUUCUUCCCGACUUUAUUUGUAAAACAACCGAUUUUCAGCUUGUUUUUAAAUUUUGAACAGACGAGUACAGUUGCCCGUUUGGAGAGCAUGGUUCAUAUACCAUGAUGACUAAGCCAAUCAGAGCUCUAGAGUUGCAUUAUCCAAUUAUUCAGUUUUUAAUAAUAGUGGAUGGUUUAGAGGCGUUUUCUCUCUUACUGUCGAUAAAAAGUGCAAUGUUUAGUGACUUUGGACAAAGUAGCGGCGAAAAGAAAAGAAAAACGAUCAACUUAUCACACCAAAUUAUAACUUGUAAAAAUUGAUGUGUUUAAAACUGGAGGGAAAAUGGGAGCUCGAAAUCGCUACUAUUUGGAAAACGGUCGACGCUUUAUAAAGAAAUUUAUGCUCUUAAGUACAAUUUGUUCCAUUGUGCUUGAUAUUAAUGUCGCUCCGCGCUGCAUUUAUCGACGACGAAAUCUUUAGACUGACUAAUCUAAUGAAUCUUCAUGUGGGUAAAAACAGUUUUAGGGUGGACUAAUGCAACUAGAGCGUAUAGCCGUUUCAUUUCUAGACCGUUCACAGUCCCCUAUUUUUUCGUGAGAUCGUUUAGAUACACCGCUUCUUACCGUCACGUCUAUCUUGAUUUUCAAAUGUAUCGAGGGGGAGACACUCAUGCAAGAUGGGUAGCCCGUAACGCAAAGCUCUCGAUCUCGAUGAUCUUACGGAAAAAUAGAGGACUGUGAACAGUCAAUUUUUAUCCUUUAAAACAACUGAAGCGCGAUAUAUUUAAUAAACAUUCAUUAAUAAAUAACAAAGUCAUAUAAGAUAACAUUUUUAAAACCUAAAGGAACUUUUGUGAAAGAAAUCACUAUAUCCUCCAUUAGCUAUCAAAGGCGCCGUUUUGAUCACAUUUUGUUUUUCACUUUUAAUGUUUUUCAAACGGGCCAUAAUAUAUACUGUCUAUUUAUACCAGCUGCGGAGGAAUGCCGCAUUAUUAUGUUCAAGGAACCAACACUCAACACAGUCAUGAAGGGCCACUUAAUCAGCAGGGAAGAGGUGCUUAACGAAGGGAGCUGUCGAGUGAAGUGUUAUAUGGAGCCCAAUUGCGUGUCCAUAAAUAUGGGGUUAUCAAUAGGUGGUAAAACCAUAUGUGAACUGAAUAAUGCCACUGGUGAAAAUGAAUUUGCUGCUGCACUAAAGUACAAAGCUGCCCACACUUAUCUGGCAAUCGAGGUAAAACCAGUUAUAUUCUAAAGUGAUGGAAUUAUGACUAAAAUACUUAGGAUAAUCGGAGAAUUUCGUUAUUUCCGUAAAUUUGCUAGUUUAUAGAAACAAAAAUAGAGAACCAACAUCAUCAUUAUUAGCAUCAUUGUCACUUUUAGUUUCAUUGUUCGUGUUAUCGUCAUCAUUAUCACUAUCAUCAGCAUCAUGAUAAUCACUGCUAGCAUUAUUUCCAUGUAUCGUCAUCAUCAUUUUUAUUCAUUUUGUAGAUCUGGAUGCCUGAUAUAAUAAAAGAAAAAGGAAGAAAACAAGUUUUAUUGGCAUUAAUCCGCAUUUAUUCGAUGGGACUGUGUAUGAUAAGAAGAAUAUGCAGAUCGACGCGGCCUCUGCGGUUUUUAAACAACCUCCGAUAUCUACAUAGUUCUUAAUAUCAUAUUUAAAAUAUUUUUCAGCUACAAGCGUAAUUACCCCUAUGUAAAAAGCCUCCCUCUUUAAAUCAUUUGGCUGAUCCAUGGCAUUUUUAGAAUAUGAAGGGCGUUUAUUCAAGCGGAUGUUUUUCCAGGAGUACUAGUUUUGUCUAUUCUCCUUGGGUUUUGUUGUUGUGAUCCAGUAGUUUAUAUAGCAAUUCCAUGUUCUCAUAGCGUGUAAAAUCUUCCGUCCAAGUUGAAAAGAUCUGCACUGGGACGUCAAUUGUAUUGAUAUUGAAAAACUGGGGAAUUUAAACCAAUCAGAGACCAAUGCAUCGGUCGUUAUUGUUAUUGUUACCAUUACUGGACCUGGACUAUCGUUGUGACCGUAACUCGUCUAUCUUUUCCGUAGAAUCCCUGCAGUAGUAGUCCAUGUCUGAACAAUGGCACAUGUCAAGCUGGAUUCACAAAAAAAGGAUUUCGUUGCAGAUGUCAUAAAGGAUUCAUCGGAAGUUUUUGCGACCGGAUAGGUAUGGCUCAGUCCCAUGAGCCGAUAACUCUAUUGGUCCUAAUUGUUAAGUUUUUUUGUAGUUAACAUGACAAAAUAUCCAGAUAUUUAUAUUAGUAAUAAAACUUUUUAACCAUUGCAGUAUAGUUAUCAUUUGUUUCUUAGCAUUUCAUUGUCGUAUGUUCUUUCUUAGAUUAGACCGAAAUUAUUACUGUGCCGUAUAACUAAAGUUUAUUUAUUCAUUUUUUCAAUUAUCAAAAAGAAAAAAAAUAUGCAGUUGUUUCCUAGACUACUUUAUACGAAAAAGAUUGCCGCUUUCAGAAUUACUACAACUUGAUCUGUGAUGCAAUUAUUCAAUUCCUUUUAGCAAAAUCGUGCAGCCAUCUUAAAAAAUUGGACCAUUUAGCGGCGAGUGGAAGUUACGUCAUUGAUCCUGACGGUGAGGGAGGCUUGCCACCUAUGUAUGACGUGACUUGUGACAUGAAAGACAAGGAUGGCGUUGGCGUGACUGUCAUCAGUCAUGACAGUGAAAGCAGGACAUUGGUGAAGGAUUAUGAAGGUCCAGGCAGCUACUCACGUGACAUCUCUUACACUGGAGCGAGUCUGUCUCAGCUCACGAGUCUCACCAAUGUCUCGUCACACUGUGAACAGUUUAUCAAGUAUGAGUGUAAAGGAUCGGCCUUAAACAAAAAUGAGAACAAGUUUGGAUGGUGGGUGUCACGCAGUUUUUCUAAGAUGUUGUAUUGGGGAGGGGCUACUCCCGGCAGUGGUAAAUGCGCAUGUGGGAUGAACAACACAUGUGCAGGCUAUAAGAAUUAUGUUUGCAACUGUGAUAAAAACGAUGAUGAAUGGCGUGAGGACAGUGGUCUCCUUACUGACAAGACAAGUCUUCCAGUCAUACAACUCAAGUUUGGAGACACUCGUUCUCAUGGUAAUAGAAGCGAGGAGGGAUACCACACGCUUGGGAAACUUAAGUGUUUUGGAACAGAACUAACGCCCAUAGAUCCCUCUUAGGGCAUUCAAACAAGUUCAACAAGUUAUCAGGGGCGGAAUUUUGAACCCAGAAGCCACAUAUUCGGAGGUCAGGGCCCGGUUGCAUAAAACGCUCGUAACAACUACUACUUAAGUCAGUUGCAUUAAAUUACUUAAGUGGUCCACUUGGGGAAUUCACUUAAGUGGUUGCACUUACGAUUUUUGUAAGUGUUCACUUAAGUGUCGUUUAUGCAAUAGAAAUUGCGGGUGUUUCAUAAAACCUUUUUUACGGGAAAAAUAGCACGUAAAUUUACAGGACCGAUGUAGGUCCCGUAUCGUUACUGUUUUUACUAAACUUAAGGAGAUCUUUUACUGAGAAGUGAAAAAAAGUAUUUUUCUUCACGUUAUUCCUUCUAAUGCGCUUUGUUAACCUCUGAUGUACACUUUAAAGCCGACGAUGUGAUAAAAGAAGAAGAACUAUUAUUUUCAGUAGAUAUUGAAGAAAAAUAACGUCUGCAUGCAAAUUUCAUUUUUUUGAGAGGCUUAACAGUGUUCGAAACGACUUAAAACUUUCUUUACACUCACCGAUGGUAAGCCUAAAAAAAAAGAGUGAGUCAUUAAUGAAGUACUAUAUCAAAGUUACGUGUGCCUUCAAGUGAUCCCGUGAGUUACCAAGUAAAACAGAAACUUACGAGAGUGCUAAGUGCGUUCCAUGCAACACACGUAAGUGUACCCAUAACGGAUUCGUAAGUGACCUACUUAAGUGGGCACUUAAGUGUAGGUUUUAUGCCACCGGGACCAGGGUCGCAAACAAACAAAUUCCCAAACGUUUCACCGUCAACUCUCUGUA